UAUUGCUGCAAGGAGAUCACGUCUAAGAACGAUGAAGUAUGGUUGUUCGGCUUCAGCCGUGGAGCCUAUGUGGUGCGCGUCGUGGCCUUUCUUUUGAGAAGAUUCACACUGAAAGAAGCGCCCGAAAGCAAGGACAAGUCGAAAUGGAAUCUUAUUACUCGUUUCGGCGGGAGGAAACAUGACAAAAAGGCAGUGACGAGCGGACAGGAAUUCCGAUUCGGACUAGAAAACACGCGAGACCCUCCAAAGAUCAAAUUUCUCGGCCUCUUCGAUACUGUUAAGCAGGUUCUCGUUGGAGACCAUUUUGACGGAAGGGAUGUCAGCUUCGUCCACCAUGUCCGACACGCCCUCGCACUUAAUGAGGAACGAAGAGCAUUCCCUCUCUUACGAAUCGAGACGAAUAAUGAAUACUCGGCCGAAGGAGGAGCUCAAGGCUCACACUUGAAAGCUUGGUUCGUCGGUGCUCACGCCGAUAUUGGCGGUGGCGCUGUACACGAUGGCCUGUCCCUCUACCCCCUCCAGUGGAUGCUGAUCGAGAGCAGAGAUCAAGGGCUUGUACUCGAGCAUGACCCACCAGAUCACCUCAAGGGUCUGAUUGACAACCCGCUGGAUCUCGUCUUUCCUAAAUCGUCGCCUCUAGUCGCGCUCGAUCUUGCGCUAGCUUCUACUAAAGCUGUGGAUAGUGGUGGUGCUCACAUCAAGCCUGAGGCGUGGAUAUUUCGAUAUUCGAGUGGUAUUGACAUUUCCAUGUACGACCUUCGUGACUCUCAUAAGCACGGCAACUUGCAAAAGCUCCCGCGGCAAAAGCUCCAGAAGCAGAAUGGAGGGCAGAAUCACUGUGCCACACAUCGGAUCAACAUCAACCGGGGCGCAUUUGGCGUUUUGGCGCUAGGCAAGCGCCGGAUCUUCGAUUCCGAUGAGAGGCUGACGAUAUCCCUACACAGCCCGAAAUGGGACCGUGAUCAUCCAUCGGUCUACUUCCUUUUGGACACCUACGCUACCCUCGGUAUCCAAAAUGCCUUGGAGACUAUCCAAGAUCAUCUGGAUUUCUUUCGAAAGAAGGCUAGUCUGACGUACAUCUCGGACAAAGUAGGAGCAAAGCUCGCCCCAUGGAUCAGGGAGAUUCUGCCCACGUUGACGAGCUGUCGGAUUUUGAUCUGCGGCAAUACGGGAGUUGGAAAGUCUACACUCUUGAACCGUGUUUUCGGCAUUGAAGUGACCCAAGAGAACUCGGGCCAGAGAGGCGAGCACGAUAUUGAAGAAGGCUUCGAGUCUGACCAGCACCCGGGUAUCAUCAUUCACGAUUCAGAGGGUUUCCAGGCGGGCAACAACAAGGAAGUUUUGGCAUUCAAGAAGUUUCUCAAGGCGCGUUCUGGCAAUAUUGAGGUUCGCGAUAAUCUCCAUGCGAUAUGGUUCUGUAUCGAUACAGAUACCGAACGGCCGGUUCAGUCAGCCCUCGCGAAUGUUUUGAAAGAAGUCACCACGAUCGCACCCGCCACUCCGAUCGUGAUCGUGGGAACCAAGAAGGACAAGUAUAUGUUGUAUAAUCAGAUUCAAACCGGUGCACAGCAGGACGAGGAAGAGAUUCUCGAUAAGAGGCAGGCUCUAUUCCGAGACAAGUUCGAGCAAGAGCAAGAAACCUCCCCGUUAUGGCCACAGCUUGAUGUCAAGUUUUCUUUUGUUUCUCGUGACGAUCAACAAUCCAUAAAGGCGCUGAUCCAUCUUACCAUGGGCUCCUUUAAUGAUUCAGUCAUUUCAGAAGCAAUGUGCGCCGCCCAGAUUCCGGACGUCGAGGCCAAAAUCGAUCAAGCCGUAGAAAAGACACUCAAGAUCCUCCGGACAGCGGUGGCAGCAGCCUCAGCAGGACUCGGGACGGGCAUCAUCUCUUCCAUGACUACUCCGACCCUCGCCAGGAUUCUCUGCCGCGAGAUCGCGCAGGGCUGCUUCGGUCUACCCGAGGCGAGCAUCGCCGAGAUGGACACGAUUCUGGCCAGCGUCGUGUGGAAGAACCUCGCACCCUUCAUGGCGCAGAGUCUAAGCCAGUCUGUUGUCAUCUGGGGCGGUGCCGUAUGCCUGACGGCAUUCACCCUCGUCGGCGGCAUCCCCCUCGCCAUGGGGGCGCCGCUGCUUGAAGCGCCGGCGGCGGUGAGGAUGGUUCUAAAGUGCGCGUGCGACCUCAUUAUAAUCCUUGAGAGGGCUUACAGGAGCGGCGGCAAGACUGUGACCCGGGAUGAGGUCAGGUUGGUGGCCGCGGCGUAUAUGAAGAGUAAGGUCACGGUCUUGAAGGAUGGUGUCCAGGUCGAGGGGUCUCGGAAGAGGGCAGUGCAUGGCGAAGUCAAUGAUUUGGUUCCAUGGAUGUCGAGACGAGCCAUUGAAGCGCAUCAAGGAAAGAGUCUACCGAAGUAUCGGAGGGGCAUCAAGAGCAUUCUUCUAAGAUUUAGACUGCCGGAGGAAUUGGGUUUGGAGAUUGGUUCGGACGAUGAUGUGACCCUGCGAAAUAGCAGUGUGGAUUCGCUUUCUUUGGGGAUUCCCGAGGACGAGGAAGAUUUGAAGGAGUUUGAGAAUGGGUUCAAGGAUAUGAAGAUUUAG